AUGGGUUUUGGUGUUUUCUGCUCUCUUGAAAUCAAGCAAGGGUAAAAAAUAAACACCUAAAUCAGCCUCUGCUGUGAGAGAGAAGAUGAGUAUGAGGGUUUUGGUUUUGGACUAUAUAUAGUUUUUGUGAGAUGCUUUAGAUUUAAGCUUAGUUUUGGUUUUUCUUGUCUUUUGGCAUAGAAUCGGCCGGAGAGCUAAGUCGUCUGUAUUUGAAAUAUACCAAAGACUUAUCUUCUUCUGUUUGGAGAAAUCCCUGUUUCUUUUGUUUGUACUACCUAGCUUCAUAUCUUUCCUUGUUUUCUUGCAACUAAUUUACUAAAUAGUCCGUCUUCAGUCCUCAUAGGGAUGUCUGGAGAUGGGUUUUCGAUGCCUUCUUCUACUUCUGCAGCUUCAAUUGGUGGGUUCGUUCAAGAACAAAGCAUCACAAACCCUAACCCUAAUAAGGUGAAGAAGAAGAGAAAUCUUCCUGGAACACCUGAUCCAGAUGCAGAGGUUAUUGCUUUAUCUCCCAAGACUCUCAUGGCAACAAACAGAUUUAUCUGUGAAAUAUGCAAUAAAGGGUUCCAAAGAGACCAGAACUUGCAGCUCCACCGACGGGGUCAUAAUCUUCCAUGGAAACUCAGGCAAAGAACCAACAAAGAGGUCCGGAAAAAGGUCUACAUCUGCCCAGAGAAGACCUGCGUUCACCACGAUCCGUCCAGGGCUCUUGGCGACCUCACCGGGAUAAAGAAGCAUUUCAGCAGAAAACAUGGAGAGAAGAAGUGGAAGUGCGAGAAGUGUUCUAAGAAAUACGCUGUUCAGUCUGACUGGAAAGCUCAUUCCAAGACCUGUGGCACCAGAGAAUAUAAGUGCGACUGUGGAACAUUAUUUGCCAGGAAAGAUAGUUUUAUUACGCACAGAGCAUUUUGUGAUGCUUUAGCUGAAGAAAGUUCAAGAAUCAAUUCGGUUGCAUCUACCAAUCUUAAUUUCAGAAAUGAUACCGUAAAUCUUCCUCAUGGGUUUCCUAGUAGAGGACUUCAUGAUGUUCCAGGAAUUUCCCAAUUCAGUUCCGGAUUCGGACAAGAUUUCGUUCCCAUGGCCACUGCAGGCUUAUCUGAGAUUGUCCAGCUGCAAACAGCCAAUAUUUUUGGCUCAACUUCUUGGGCUAAUUUUGGAAGCCACAGUCACUUUACUGGAUUUGAAAAGAGUGGUGCAACUUCAACGAGUGCGAAUCUCUCCUUAUCACCUUUGCCACAAACGUUAAAGGAAGAAGCAGGAGGGAGUAAAGGAAAUCUGGUGGAAAGCCUCUCUUCUUUUUAUCCUUCUGACCCUUCUCAAAACAAACAGUCAAAACCUGCUCCAGCACUUCUCUCCGCCACCGCCCUGCUCCAAAAGGCGGCCCAGAUGGGGUCUACAAGAAGCAACCCAUCCUUCUUUGGCAACAGUUUCGGGUUAAUGAGCUCAUCACCCACCAGUUCUUCUCAUCAGGUGUAUCAAAAUGUAGCCGUGAGUGAUACUGGUGCAGGUAGCUCGAACUUGGCCAGAAACCUUGACCGGAUGCAGCAAGCAGCAGGAGUAAAACCAGCCGCCGACCCAACUCAGUUAAAAGUUCCAAGUUCGAACUCCAUGGAUCUUAAUCUGACCCGAGACUUCCUCGGCAUGGGAAAUGACUCAGGCCAUCCAUUUCUACCACAAGAACUAGCGAAAUUCGCAUCCGUUGGCUCCCCGCUCAGCUAUCAGGUUGAACCAGUUCACAAGCAACCCUUGAAGCCCUAUAAUUAACACACAACACACAAAGUUUGACGUUGGGGGACCGAGUUGGACUCGGUGCAACGCAAGCGCUUCAACUCGGAAACAGAGAAAGGUCAUCUUCUGAAGGGCGUGGGGACCAGUGGGCCAUCCCUUGCAUCUCUGAAAUGACUAAACAAUGAGAGUCAUGCAUGUACUCGAUGAUCUUCGUCGUUCUUCUUGUUUUGUUCUUCUGUCUCAACUCUAUUAUCGUUACUUAAUUCUCUAUUUAUUUCCUCCCAUCAAAAACAAUUCCCUAUUUAUAUCUCAUAAAAAAAAUAACUUUAC